CAAUAUCUGCUAAUUGUUAACUUUUGAGGGUCCAAUUGAGAAAUAAACAUAACUGAAAGGACCACCCUGCCAAUUACGGUAUUCAUAUUUGGUUCAAAUACCACAAAACAAAGUUGACUUGACAAAAUACAGACACAGUUUUUACUAACCACCAUUUUUGUAUGAACACAUGAUCUCUCUCUCUCCUCUCUCUCUCUCUCUCUCUCUCUCUCUCUCUCUCUCUCUCUCUCUCCUAGUUUUCCGUACAGAUUCUUCCUCAGACGACCCAUUCUCGUACUAUGAUUCAUCUCUUCAUCCUCCUCCUCUGUUUCUUCUUCAAAAACCCCUCUUCCUUUGCGGCGGACACCAUUUCCGGCAACCAAUCUCUCUCCGGCGACCAAACCAUCGUCUCCUCAGGCGGAAACUUCGAGCUCGGAUUCUUCUCACCAGGUAACUCCUCAAAACACUACAUCGGAAUCUGGUACAAAAAAGUCAGCGAACAAACCGUAGUCUGGGUCGCAAACAGAGAAACCCCAAUUUCCGACAAAACCUCCGCCCGCCUCACGAUUUCCGGCGGAAACCUAGUCCUGCUGAACGAGUCACAAUCCCAGAUUUGGUCAACCGGAGUAAACCCCCCGACCAAUUCCACCGCCGCCGUGCUGCUCGACGACGGGAACCUGGUUCUGACAAACGGGUCGGGUCCAAUUUCAAACCCAUCAAAUUCCUCCAAACCCUAUCUAUGGCAGAGUCUCGACAACCCAGGAAACACGUGGCUCCCCGGUGGGAAAAUCUCUUACAACGAAAGAACACAAACGAAGCAGCUUCUUACAUCAUGGAAAAAUCUGGACGAUCCUGCCCCUGGCCUUUUCUCCCUCGAGCUCGAUCCAAUCGGGAGUCAGUACAUCAUAAGAUGGAAUCGAAGUAAGCAGUAUUGGACAAGUGGUCCCUGGAACGGUCAUAUUUUCAGUAAAGUCCCCGAAAUGACAUUGAAUUACAUCUACAACUUCACCUACGUCAACACCUCCGACGAGAGCUACUUCACGUAUUCGCUCUACGAUCCGUCGGUCGUGUCGAGAUUCAUCAUGGAUGUUUCCGGGCAGAUCAAGCAGUUGACGUGGGAUAACGUUUAUUCCGAUUGGAAUUUGUUCUGGUCUCAGCCGAGACAGCAGUGCGUGGUGUACGCUUAUUGCGGGGCGUUCGGUACUUGCAACCAGAACUCGAAACCGUUCUGCGAUUGCUUGCCGGGGUUCACGCGUAGAUCGGAGAGCGAUUGGGAUUUGAACGAUUAUUCGGGUGGAUGUGUGAGGGAGAUGAAUUUGCUGCAGUGUGGGAAUAAUGUUACUUCGUCAAACGGGAGAAGAGAUAGAUUCUUGGAACGACCGUAUAUGCGGUUGCCCGAUAAUUCGCGAGCGUCGACUGUUGCGAGUUUGGGAGAGUGUGAAUCGUCUUGCUUGAGUAAUUGCUCUUGUACCGCUUACGCGUACGAUGGGAGUAGUUGUUCGAUUUGGAACGACGAAUUAUUGAAUUUGCAACAACUAAGUGAAGGAGAUGGUAACGGAAGAACGAUAUACGUACGUCUUUCGGGCUCUUCCUCUGUUUUUGGUGGCGGCAAAAACAAGAAUGGGGUUGUAAUCGGUGCUGCUUUGGGUUCUAUUGCGGUUAUUGCAAUCCUAGUGGCGGUUUUGAUAAUAUGGAGAAAGUGGGGGCGAGAAUCGGGUAGUGCUAAAGGGGUGGUGGAGGGUUCUUUGGUGGCGUUUGGAUACAAGGAUUUGCAAAACGCAACCAAGAAUUUCUCAGAUAGGUUGGGCGGAGGAGGGUUCGGUUCCGUCUUCAAAGGGGUUUUGCCCGAUUCGACCGUAAUUGCGGUGAAGAGGCUCGAGAGCGUAAGCCAAGGCGAGAAGCAAUUCCGGACCGAAGUCAGCACAAUCGGUACCAUCCAACACGUAAACCUCGUACGCCUCCGAGGUUUUUGCUCCGAGGGUAGCGACAAGAAGUUGUUGGUGUACGAUUACAUGAAGAACGGCUCGUUGGACUCCCAUCUCUUCCGCUCGAGCGCGUCCGAGGCGGUUGUUGUUUUGUCCUGGAAGACGAGGUACGAGGUUGCGGUGGGGAUCGCGAGGGGUUUGACGUACCUCCACGAGAAGUGUAGGGCCCGCAUCAUCCAUUGCGAUAUAAAGCCCGAGAACAUCCUACUCGACGCCGAUUUUUGCCCAAAGGUGGCCGAUUUCGGAUUGGCGAAGCUCGUGGGCCGCGAUUUUAGUCGGGUGCUCACUACCAUGAGAGGCACGAGAGGCUAUCUCGCACCCGAGUGGAUAUCGGGCGUGGCUAUCACGUCCAAGGCCGACGUUUACAGCUACGGGAUGAUGCUUUUCGAGUUGGUUUCGGGGCGGAGGAAUGCUGACGUGGAGGAUGGGAGGGUUAGGUUUUUCCCGUCGUGGGCGGUGAGUGUGGUGGUGGAUGGCGGCGAUGCGCUCGAGCUGUUGGAUCCUUUGUUGGAGGGGGAUGGUGACGUGGCGGAGGUGGUGAAGGUGUUGAAAGUUGCUUGUUGGUGUAUACAAGAGGAUGAGAGUGUUAGGCCUUCUAUGGGGGUUGUGGUUCAAAUACUCGAAGGGGUUAUCGAUGUCAAUUUGCCUCCGAUUCCGAGAUCGCUACAAGUGUUUGUCGAAAAUGACGAGAAGAUUGUUUUCUUUACGGAUUCGUCUUCGGCGGAGCAGAGUUCGCAGGCGAAGAGCAAUUGUUCGAGUGCUUCGUCGCACUCGAAGACUGUUACUGCAUCAUCUUCGAGUAUUAAUUAGUUAUGUAAGUCUUGAAUACUAGUUUUUUUUUUUUUCUAAAUCAAAUUUAAAUAAAAGAGAAUAUAUAUACAAGGGCUGAAUCAUGUAUUAUAUGUGAAAAAUUAUGGUUAUUCAUGGGUUGUUUCUAAACAACACUCUGCAUUUUUUUUUUCAAUUUGAAUUUUUCA